CUUUCCCUUGUCCUUCUCGCGAACGAUAUAAUAAAAUCCGUCUCCUUCCCUCUCUACUCUCUCUCUCUCUCUCUCUCUCUAUAUCUAUUGUUUAAGAUAUAUAAUAUAAUAUGAUCGCAAAUAUGGGGAGCGUUUCCGUUUUGUUAUGGAAGGACUGGGGGAGCUAGCAGGAGGGAACAGAACAGACUCGUCGCCGGAGAUUAUGCAAGCUGAUCAACGCUGCCGACGAUGACGGAGGUCUACUGCAGAAUGCUGAACCAGGACAACGACGACUCGCCCGAGAAGUGCCGCCAGAGGCGCCGCCGCAGGAUCCAGAUGCGCCGCCUCUCCUCCCUCUCCACCGCCGGAUCGCACCUCGCCGCGUCUGCCAUCAGCCUCAAGGAAGCCGCCGACCCCGCUCCCGAGCCCGUCGAGCUCACGAGGGAGGGGAAGCGGCCUCGUUCGUCGGAGGGUGCCGUCCAGGGCCUCCCUAACUCCUCGCCGUCUUCGUCGGGAGACGACGCGAACCACCCGGCGGACCAGAGGCGUCACAGGGAGCCGGUGUACGGGAUGAUGUCGGUGACGGGGAGGUCCAGGGAGAUGGAGGACGCUGUGGACGUGCGGACGCCGCUCUGCCGCCCGGAGAUUACCCGCCGGUUGCCGGUGCAUUUCUUCGGCGUGUUUGACGGACACGGCGGCGCCCAUGUGGCAGCGCUGUUGAGCUUGAAGAUGCACGCGUUCAUGGAGGAGGAGUUGAUGCGGCUGAGGCACGCCGAUGAGAAUAAUGGGGACGGGUCCGGAGGCAGCGGUGGCGGCAGCUCGACGAAGCAGCAGCCGAGGGAGGAGCAGGAGGCCGGUGGAGGAGGAGAGGAGAAGUGGAGAGAGGUGAUGAGAAGGGCGUUCAAGAGGGCGGACGAGCUGGCGAUGGCGACGUGCCCCUGCGAAAGCGUGGGGUCGCGGUGUAGCUGUCACCCAAGGGAGGUGGCGCUCGGCGGGUCAACGGCGGUCGUGGCCCUACUGACGCCAGACCACAUUAUCGUUGGCAACUGCGGCGACUCACGCGCCGUUCUCUGCAGAGGCGGGAGGGCCAUACCUCUCACGCACGACCACAAGCCUGACAGGUCAGAUGAACUCGCUAGGAUCCAAGCUUUGGGCGGCCGAGUGAUCUGUCUAAAUGGAGCUAGGGUUGAAGGUAUCCUUGCGAUGUCCCGUGCAAUAGGGGACAAGUACUUAAAACCUUACGUGACAGCGGAACCAGAGACCACAAUUCUAAGGAGAGAUCCAAGGGAUGAAUUCUUGAUCAUUGCGAGCGACGGCCUGUGGGAUGUGCUGACGAACGAGCUGGCUUGUGAGAUAACCUCUCGGUGCCUGCAGCAAGGAAGCCCUCCUCCAGCCAUAGACCUUAACUCCGGGCCCCACCCAGAGGAGGAGAGAGGCCAUGCUCUGCACCCCACAAGCGCACUUGCUGCAGCGCUAUUGACCCGACUCGCCCUUGGGAGGAAGAGCUUAGACAACAUCAGCGUGAUAGUUGUCGAUUUGAAGCGGAGCUAAGUAGAAUGAGAAGGUAAAAAGUUACCUUCUUCUGUAUAGUUAGUUAGUUCUCUUUGAUCAGAAAAGCAAAACUUGCCUGUGGUAAUAAAAGUUAGUUGCUCUUUAAUAUUACAAACAGAAACAGUUAGACCAAAACCUUUCCGGAAUUAGACCUUUUCAGAGUUUGUUCUUCGAUUCCCAAAAUGGGGAGGCCGAAGCGUGUUUUGUAAAUGAUGUAGCGAGGUGAAUCACAAAUAUCUGAGGCAAAAGAAGUUUCGAAUUUCAUAUCAAUUUUACGCUCUGUGUUCCACUUGUA